CGGAGCGCAAGGAUGCUAAGGUAGGUUCCCUCCCCCAUGGGUGUGUCCACUGCCGGGAGACCUCAGUGAGUGUAUCCACCUGCAGAAGACGCUUUCCUGCACACACGCUUGAGCGUCGCUGCGCUCCUCUCUGUCACGCUUCUCCAGGAACAACUCUUUGUUUCUAACCUCCUUUAGUGGAAAAAAAAGAAUCUGUUGAUGCGAUUUAGAGAUCACUUUAAGUUAAGGCGGCCGCGUCAAGUUAAUUUAAAUCUAAGCUUUUGUUUGGCUCUGGGGAUAAUCGUGCAGGAUCUGCGGUGGAUACACUGAUACUCCUGCGUGCGGGGAUAGAGGAGCUCAAAGGAUCUGGGGUGGAUGUUUUUAAAUGUUGACCAGCUUUAUCACAAUAUUUACUGAACGGCACUAGAAGCUCCUGGACUCUCCUUCUCCUCUGUUAACAAACAGAGGGACAAUGUUGUGGGACAAACUGUGCUGGCUACUGGCCCUGCUGGCUUUAUCAACUGGGGCGCUGCUCACCUCCAACGAGCCCCUCUCUGCUCCCAGGAUCUUCCUGUCCUUCAAAGAGUUAAAGUCUACCGGCACCGCUCACCACUUCUCCUUUUUGCUGAACUCGACCGACUAUCGAAUCCUUCGCAUGGAUGAGGACCACGACCGCAUGUAUGUGGGCAGCAAAGAUUAUAUCCUCUCUCUGGACCUGCAUGACAUCAACAAGGAGCCGCUCAUAAUCCACUGGCCUGUUGCCCUCCAGAGGAAGACUGAAUGUGUCCUGUCAGGGAAAGACACCAAUGGAGAAUGUGGAAACUUCAUCCGUCUGAUUGAGCCGUGGAAUCGGACCCACCUGUAUGUGUGUGGUACAGGCGCGUACAACCCCAUCUGCACCUAUGUGGACCGAGGACGUCGGUCACAGGAAUACAUUUUCCGACUUGAACCUGGUAAAGUGGAUUCUGGGAAAGGAAAAUGUCCUUAUGACCCCAAACUGAACAGCGUCUCAGCUUUGAUCAAUGGAGAGCUGUAUUCAGGAGUCUACAUUGAUUUCAUGGGAACAGACUCAGCUAUCUUCCGUACACUGGGGAAGCAGACAGCCAUGAGGACGGAUCAGUACAACUCCAGAUGGUUAAACGAUCCCACAUUUGUCCAUGCACACCUUAUACCAGACAGCGCUGAGAAGAAUGAUGACAAGCUCUACUUCUUCUUCCGCGAGAAAGCCUCUGAGAUGGGUCAGAGUCCCAUGACCCAGUCCAGGAUAGGUCGGAUCUGCCUGAAUGAUGAUGGUGGACACUGCUGUCUGGUCAACAAAUGGAGCACGUUCCUGAAAGCUCGACUCAUCUGCUCAGUGCCUGGAGCUGACGGCAUCGAGACACACUUUGAUGAACUAAGGGAUGUGUAUAUCCAGCCAACUCAAGACACAAAGAAUCCUGUCAUCUAUGGAGUCUUCUCAGUUUCAGGAGCUGUGUUUAAAGGCUCGGCAGUGUGCGUCUACUCCAUGGCUGACAUCCGUAUGGUCUUCAAUGGGCCUUUUGCCCACAAGGAGGGGCCCAACUACCAGUGGGUGGCGUACACAGGGAAGAUUCCCUACCCACGACCUGGCACUUGUCCUGGAGGCACUUUCACCCCAAACAUGAAAUCCACAAAGGAUUACCCAGAUGAGGUUAUCAACUUCAUGAGAAACCACCCCACCAUGUACAAUGCUGUGUACCCAGUGCACAAGCGCCCCCUGGUGGUCAGAACCAACGUGGACUAUGAGUUCACCACCAUUGCAGUCGACCAAGUGGCAGCUGCUGACGGGAGCUAUGAGGUGCUCUUCCUGGGCACAGAUCGGGGGACAGUCCAGAAAGUAAUUGUCCUGCCUAGAGACGACUUGCAGACAGAGGAGCUGGUCUUAGAGGAAGUGGAGGUCUUCAAGGUUCCCACAGCAAUAACCACCAUGAAGAUUUCAUCAAAACGGCAACAACUGUAUGUUGGAUCAGUUUUGGGGGUGACCCACCUGGCGCUCCAUCGCUGUGAUGUGUACGGGGAGGUCUGUGCUGACUGCUGUCUGGCCAGAGACCCGUACUGUGCCUGGGACGGCAAAUCCUGCUCCAGAUACUCAUCCUCACAGAAGAGAUCUGAACCCUCUAGACGGAGCCGUCGGCAGGAUGUAAAGUACGGCAACCCGAUACGCCAAUGCAGAGGUUAUAACUCUAACACCAAUAAGAAUACUCUGGAGACGGUUCAGUAUGGGGUAGAGGGCAGCACUACAUUCCUGGAGUGUCAGGCCAGGUCUCCUCAUGUGUCUCUCAAGUGGCACCUGCAGAAGGAAAACAGUGACAGGAAAAAAGAGAUUCGCUCAGAGGGCCGCAUUCUAAAAACUGAACAAGGUCUUCUGAUCCGCUCACUGCAGUCCUCCGACAGCGGCAUCUACCAGUGCACAUCCACCGAGAAAAACUUCAAACACACGCUUGUCAAACUGCAGCUUGUGGUCCUUUCCAGUCGCACGGUCAACAACGUGUUGGUGGAAACAGGCAGCCCGGCCCUCCCUCCUCUCCAGUCUAGCGCCUGGACUCCCAGUGCCGGUCAGUAUAAGGACCUGCUGACCAUCCUUAGCCAGCCGGAGAUGGGCCUGAUCAACCAGUACUGCCAGGAUUACUGGCAGCUUGGAGACGGCAUCCUCAGUGACAACAAAGCCAAAAGCCUGAAGGAGCUGAAAGAACAGAAGAAGCCUCGCAACCGUAGGCAUCAUGAUGAGCAAACAACUCCAGCUGAGACAUGAGGAGCUAGAUAUACACCUCAUCAUAUUCCCCCAGUCUACCUUUUCACACCAUCUCCUCAACACUGUAAACCCUCCAUUUAGAGGAAUGACUCCAGUUAGAAAAAUCUAAUUAUUAUAACGGACAAAACCAAAAGCAACAGCAUCAAACCGUUUCUAUGUGACUGUUGGAAAAAAUACACAAUAUUUAUUGUAGGUUGUAAAAAGUGAUUCUUUGUACCUAUUUAGAAAACAUGUUUUUUUGUGAAUAGGUAAAUUUGUGCAAAUAUUGUUGUUAUUAUUAUAUUAUUGUUAGUGUUAUUGUUUAUUAAAAUGUAUUAUUAUGUUGAAAACUUCUCUAUGUUGGGUGUUUUUGUGAAACAGCAACAACAACCCAGGACUUUGGGAAUAUCCACGUAUGGAAGAGGAUCGUUGAACAUGUAUUUAACUGUCACAGGCGACCAUGUUGGAUCCCGUGACUGCUGGCAGUAUUCAGUGUCCAAGCUGGAAGUUGAGUCGCUGCUUCAGUGAAAUUCUCAAACUUUCCUUAACUUCUUUACCAGAACUCAGCACCGGAACAGUUUUUUUUUUUGUUUGUUUGUUUUACUGAAAGAUACAAGCUGAUGCCAGAAUGAUGAUCACAUUUCUUGGGACACACAAGGAUGAAAGAAAUGCCCACAGACUGCGGCUGUGACAACAUGUUGCAUCUUAAUGAAAGGCCCUUUUGGCAGGUGAAACGUCUCUCCUUUCAUGUUAGUGGUCCAGCCUGGCCUCAAGCAAUGAUGCUUCAUCACCCACCCAAAUUCUUCCAAAAUUAGCAGCUGCCAAAUGUUUGUUUUUGUUUAUAUGUGAAUAUCACAUCUCAAUGUUGUAUUCUUAACAAACGUGAUUUUUGUGAUAAGCUGUUUUUUGCUGGGGAGAAAGGGUCCUUUAAUGACAAAAAAGCUGAAAAUAUAACAUUGCCUUCUCUUUUUUCUUUUGAGAUAAGAAAUUCCAGCAGGCAGCUAUGUGUGAGUUUGUGACAGUUUGUGAUAUCAAAAUAAGCACCUUCUGUUACCAAAUUGGUAAUCUUGAUAAAACAGUAAAUACUUCACAAGUAUCUGUGGCAUAUGCAGUAUAUUCAUUGAUUUAAGGUUGGGGUUUGUUUUUAGCUCUCAAUUAUUCCAUUCCUGCCAGUUUCAUGCUAAAUAUUGGUUUCACUAAGUAAAUAUUUAUCAUGUAAUAGCUCUACACUUUUAUUAGAUCACAACAAUAAAGUUGCUGAUUGCAGUGCUUUGGAAUUGACUACUUUGAUUGGUUCUGAUUUUUUUGUAUCAGCUUCCACAGCUACUGUACUUUUUGUUAGUCCGAUGCUGUGUCAUCCUGCUAUGUUUGUCACAGACUUAAUAUAAAGCUUCCAUACAGUGGGGAAAAAAAUGUCACAAGUACAACCACUAACAAGCUGAUCACCACCAUACCUGAAGAGAACAUGUACCAAACUCUUUAGAAGGUGGCUUUUCAUUGUGCAUGGCAUGUACAGUGUAAUGUAUAUGGUAUUUGUUUAAAAUGCUAUGUUGCUGUGGGUGUCAGUGAAUGUCUUUCUCGUUGUGGGAAUAUGGAAAUAUUAUCAGUGCAAGAAAGAAAGAUGCUAAAAGUACAGAAAGGUUUUUUAUUAAAUCCUCUCUCUCUCUCUAUCUCUCUCUGUAUGUCUCUUAGUCUCUAUUUUUCUCUCUUUUUUUCUCUCUUCUCAAAAAUGUGCAUUUAUUUCAAACAUGCAUCUGUUUUAUUUUCUCUGUUUGGCAGAUUUUGCUCUGGGUCUUUGAGGUAAAGUAAUGUAUGAUAUAAUGCACAGUUGAUGUUGUUGUAAUGACCUGUACAAAAAUUACUAUCUUUUCUUCCUCAUCAAUGUUGCUGACUAAUAAAUUAAAGCUCUAUAUUUUAUAAUAA